CCAGAGACUGAGUGCUGUUCUUCAAGGAUAUCAAGAGAAGUAUGGACCUCUGGAUAAGAAGGAAAUGGAGAACCUUUAUCAUCAGGGUGACCCAGCUGCUCCAUGGCUUACAAGUAGAACAAUGCUAUCUCCAUUGAUCACUGAGUACGACAGGCAAAUAACAGAACUGUCCCAGCAAAUUGGCAUAUAUAAGAUUGAGAUGAGAGACCUACAGACCAAAGUAGACAAACUAGUCAGAGAAAAUAGCAGGUUACAUCAAGAACUGAAAUCCGUGGUGGAGGGACAGCUAGAAACAAUUCAGUCAGGCUUGAGAGGAGACCACAGUGAAGAGGUUGCUGAGAAAGAACUUGUUGAUAAUUUGAGGAAACAGAUAGAGCUCUUAGAAAAGGAAAGAGAAACAGCUAAUGAGAUGUGGCAAGAAACAGUACAUGAAUUAGACAGACUUGCCGCAGAACAUAGGGAUAUGUUAGGAAACUCCAAAGCCCAAGUAUCUACACACCACGCGAUAGAAGCUAAAGGGGUUGCUCUUAUGAGAGAUAAUCAACUGCUCAGGGAUAAUAACUACAAACUAGAAACCGCAAACAGGCAUCUCCAGGAUGUUGUGACUGCACAGGGCCAGGAGAUAGAAGGUAUGAGAGACCAACUAAGAACAGCUAAGGGUGAUCUAAAGACAACAGCUAUCCAACUCAAAGAUUUUACUUCCAUGAAAGAGACUUUAGAACAGCAAUGUCGGGCAAAGGACAGAGAUCUCGGUGAGCUCCGUAGUCGGGUACAGUCCUAUGAGGGAAGGAUACCAGGUCUCCAGGAAAGGAUCAAGGAGCUGGAGCUUAGCAUGGAGCUGAUCUCACAAGAGAACAUGAGAUUACAAGGAGCUAGGAAGGAGCUUGAAGACAGGAUUAAAUCUCUUCACCAGAGAUGCUCAGAUGCUGAAUCUCGUGAAUAUGAAGCAACAGUUCAAGUUAGAGAGAGCAUACAAAUGUCUGAAAAUGCAUUAUUGGAAAAAGACCAGGCAAUGAUCCGAGAGCAACAGACUGAAGAGGAGGUAAGAAGAUUGCAGGAUGCUAUGGGUAAACUGGUCAACGAGGCUGGUAAAAGAACAAGACAAGAAGUAGAUAGCAUCAGAAAACAAUGUAAUUCAAAUAUCGCUAAGCUCAUGGAGGAAGUUACAGCUCUAGAAACGGAGAAUGCUGAAAAGCAGGCUGAGAUAGAAAGAGCUAUCAGAGAGAAAAGGGCAGUAGAACAUGAGCUUGAACAGGUGUAUAAAGAAGGCACCGCUGUGACUGGAGACCAGCGCAUUAACGAGUUACAGAACAGGAUUAUUGCGAUGGAAAGAUUAAAAGAUGAAACCUUGAUACGAGCUCAACAGAUGGAGAAAAACAUGCACAGACAGGAAUACAGCCAUGAAGAAGAGAAGUCUAGGAGUCUCCUGGUGACUGAUCAGCUUAGAGGACGACUUGAGAAGCUGUCCAGGGAAUGCGAGACCUUAUCUGAUGAGAGACUGAGAUUGAUGGAAGAUAACGAUGACCUCAAGAAGAAGCUGAUAGAAUUCCGCAGAGAAAAGGAGGAUACAGAGAGAUCAGCGGCUAAAGAUCUGAUCAGUGUAGAGCAUGAGAUGAGUGUGAUGAGAAGAGAAUAUGAAGCUCGUCUAGAGAGUGUUGAGGAGAGUAGUAGACAAUCUACAAAGGAACUCAGACAGAUGGUCCUAUCUCAACAGAAGAUGAGCUCGAAAUGGAAAGAAGAGUGCAGAGUCCUUGGUCAGAAAUUUGAAGGAAAGAUAUCAGAACUAAGAUCCCAACUGACUAUGCAGAAGAAGAGAAAUGAAGAUCUGACUAAUCAAAUUCAUCAACUCAAACAACAGAACAUACAGAGUGAGCAGGUUGUAUCAGAUCAGAUGGAUGUUAAUAGGAAGUUACGUCAGAAAGUAGAAUCAGCUGAACAACAAGCUACAGAUGUUACUAGGAGGUUAACAGAUAGAUCAUCUAGAGAGAGAAGACUAGCCCAUGAUAAGAAGCAACUCCAGGCCCAACUGGACAAGAUCAGAGCAGAACUUGGUAGAUCAGAUAGAGGAGGCCACGUCCCUGUGCAUCUGACUACAUCACAUCUGAAUGAUACCUACAAUCAUCCUAGACCAAACUAUCCAUCAGUUGGGUUUGUGAGACAGAGAUCAUCAUCGAUAGCUAGCUCCAUCCAUAGCUACAAGUCAUCUCAUAGUAGAAACUCUUCACCGGAAUUGAGUCCAUGAUAAACUAUCCAUCAGACGGGUUUGUGAGACAGAGAUCAUCAUCGAUAGCUAGCUCCAUCCAUAGCUACAAGUCAUCUCAUAGUAGAAGCUCUUCACCGGAAUUGAGUUCAUGAUAAACUAUCCAUCAGUUAGGUUUGUGAAACAGAGAGCAUCAUCGAUAGCUAGCUCCGUCCAUAGCUACAAGUCAUCUCGUAGUAGAAGCUCUUCACCGGAAUUGAGUCCAUGAUAAACUAUCCAUCAGUUAGGUUUGUGAAACAGAGAGCAUCAUCGAUAGCUAGCUCCGUCCAUAGCUACAAGUCAUCUCGUAGUAGAAGCUCUUCACCUGAAUUGAGUCCAUGAUAAACUAUCCAUCAGUUGGGUUUGUGAAACAGAGCAUCAUCGAUAGCUAGCUCCGUCCAUAGCUACAAGUCAUCUCGUAGUAGAAGCUCUUCACCUGAAUUGAGUACAUGAUAAACUAUCCAUCAGACGGGUUUGUGAGACAGAGAUCAUCAUCGAUAGCUAGCUCCGUCCAUAGCUACAAGUCAUCUCGUAGUAGAAGCUCUUCACCGGAAUUGAGUUCAUGAUAAACUAUCCAUCAGUUAGGUUUGUGAAACAGAGAGCAUCAUCGAUAGCUAGCUCCGUCCAUAGCUACAAGUCAUCUCGUAGUAGAAGCUCUUCACCUGAAUUGAGUCCAUGAUAAACUAUCCAUCAGUUGGGUUUGUGAAACAGAGCAUCAUCGAUAGCUAGCUCCGUCCAUAGCUACAAGUCAUCUCAUAGUAGAAACUCUUCACUAGAAUUGAGUACGUGACAUAUUCAGCCAUCGACAUACAUGGAGUUUAUUUAUAGACCAAUUGGGUGCUAUUCUUAUUGUUAAUCCAGGAUUUAACCCUAAAUGAAGUCAUGGAUUUUAGCUUAGCUAUGUACUGAGCAUUCAGCGAUGCAGAGCUAAUAAAGAACUUCGUCAUAUGUUCUGUGUCCAUGUUGAGUUUACAUAAACAAUUUCUUACGAAUGACAGAGAGAGAGAGGGAUGAGGUAAGAAAGAAAGAGGGAGAGGGAGAGAGAUUGCACAAACUUUGCCGUAGCUACAAAUUACCAUUAAGCACAACCUUGUCACUAUAAUAAAGUACUUGAAAUGUCUAGCCGUCCAGCCAUUUAUUUAUUUAUUCAUUUAGUCUGAUAUUAGUUGUGCAAGACAAGAAAAUGUGGUUCAGUUCAGAAUUAUUUUCUAAAUUUGAUGUGGUCUAAACAGAGAUACAUUGGCCUAAGCUUACAGGGGGUUCCUUGCAAAAGAGUUGUGAUUAAAUGUAACUCUUAGUAAUCAAUCAUAAGUCCCUAAUACAUGCAUUUCAUUAGUUGAAAAUCAAGUUGUGAAUGAUUUUUGGAGUUGUGUUUGAUUGCAACUCUUUCUCCAAUGACCCCAGAUGAUAUUAAAACCCCUCCUGGUUUUACACCCUCCUUGGUUUUUAAAGGACAAGUCCACCCCAACAAAAAUAUGUUUUUAAUAAAAAGAGAAAAAUCCAACAAGUAUAACACUGAAAAUUUUAUCAGAAUCGUAUGUAAAAUAAAGAUGUUAUUACAUAUCAAAUUUUCGCCUAAUUUCACAAAACAGUUAUAUACACAUCCUGAUCAGUAUGCAAAUGAGGAGACUGAUGACGUCAUCCAAUCUCUAUUUUUGUAUUAUAUUAUGUAAAAUAUGAAUAUUCUAAUGUUCUCACUGUCGAGUGAAACAAUGAUUAAUUCCUCCCUGAACAUGUGGAAUUAGCAUUGUUUAUAAAUACUACAUGUAUAUGGUUCAAGUUGGUCCUUAUUGUCAUAUUUGAAAAAAAAUGAAAUAUUGUAUAAUUCAAACAAUAAAAAACAAAAGAAAUAGUGAGGGACAUCAUCAACUGUCUUAUUUGCUUGUCAAUGAGUUGUGCAUAUCACUGUUUUGAGAAAAAUAAGCGAAACUUUAAAAUGACAUAACUUUCUUAUUUUACAUCCGAUUUUCAUGAAAUUUUCAGUGUUAUGCUUGUUUGAUUUUUCUCUAUUUAAUAAAUCAACCUUUUCCUGGGGUGGACUUGACCUUUAAGCAUACACACAGUACAUAAUGAAUGAAUGUGAUUGCUGCCCUAAAACUAUUUCCACGUACAGCAGUAUACAGUUGUGCUCAAAAGUUAGUGAACCCCAUGUACUACUAAAAUGCACUACUUCAUUGCCGACUGUUAAAUGAAGACAGCAAGACUGCAAUGUUCCGCAAGCCCAGAGAAACAAACUUUAUUGAAUGUAAUAUUUCAUCACCUGACUUCACAAUUGAAUAUAAUAAGGCAGAACUUGAACACUUUAAAUAUGUUCAUUUUCUAGUGGGAUUCACUAACUUUUGAGCACCACUGUAUGCUAAGUUUAAUAUGACCCAGGCAUAAGCCCUUGUAAAUCACUAAUAUUGUUUGCGUUCAUUCAUGUUAUGUUAUGGUGUGCGUGUGGGUUUUUGUUUGUUUAUUUUUUGUUUUCUGUGUGUUGUACUUCUUGGCUUGAAUUCUAAUUAUGUAUCAGCUGAAACUUUCAGGGGCAUUAAAUUUUCACUUUUGCAAGUUCACCACUGCAUAAAUCCCACUUCUGUGUUAGCCAUUGACAUUCAGUAAUGCUGAAAGGUAAAAAGUUAAAUAAAUGUAACAUAUAGUACCGAAGUGAUGACGUCAGUUGCCAUGGUGUCAUGGCAGCCUGGUUCUAAACAAAUGCUCGCUCUAUAAAAUUAUAGCGUAUGUUUCUCAUAGGAGAAAAUGGCUGCUAUUGGAAUUUCAUCGCUUGCAACCUAUUUUUCAGACGAGCCAAAGUAAUUGCAGCAAAAAGUUUGAUCACUAAAAUGACAUUAAAAAUUGAUACCAACCUUACUGUCUAAUCCAUUUGAAAACCUAUGAAAACUGCUGCAGUAGGUAACAACCAGAGACAAAACACAUCACCAUUUUUGCAAAUACAAAUGUGUAUAGACGAUCAUCAGCUGCAACUCUGUUUUUCGUUUUCAUGACAUCGUGACGUCACACUUCGGUACUCUAUUGUAUGUGCUCAUCAAUAAAUGCAGUACGCUGUGGUAGCUGUGUUAUACAAUAAUGUUUGAUGUGUUUUGUUAGCCUCAGCCAAAAACUACAUAGGUAGAUAAAGGGAAGUAAUGACCAAAAUAGAGGCCUAGCAAAAAAUAAUGAUAAUACACUUUGAACCCACUACAUAUAGAACUAACUGAUGGUAACUCAGUCAUUACUUUAAAUUUCCAUGGAAACCUUGGUUUGUAUUCAUUGUUGAUUAGUGCUACUCAGUGAUAGUAAUUACUAUAGUUUAAUGUUAAGGUAAUACCUCAACGGUUUAGCCAUUGUAUGCACCAGUGUGUUGGCUCAGUUGGUAGAGCAUCCGUCUCGCAACUGGGAAGUCAGGAGUUCAAGCCCCGGCCACAUCAGACCAAUAGAUGCUAAAAGAUGGAAGUUUCUGCUACCCUGUUUUGCGUUCAACGAUUCAAGGGUAGAGCUACGUUGAUCUGGCGCUGCACAGUGGCUACCGGGUCCACGAUGAAUUCAGCAAAAUGAAUUUUCAGAGUAUUUUUAUUUCAGAUUUUAUUUUGAACAAUAGAAUAUGGAUUAAAUCAAAUCAAUUUCUUGAUAUGAAAUUCUUAACAAUUAAUAAACUUGAUAUCAGGAAAUCAUUGUAUGUUAACACAUUGAUAUAAUAAUUAUAUAUUAUUGACUGACCUUCAGGGAAACGUAACAUUUUUUCAGCUUUCUAAAUAUGUAUCAUUUGGUAAUUUUUAAUCAUGAUUAAUUUAUGAUAAACUUGAUAAUAAUCCGUUUCGUUUUCUCUGGGAUGUACUGUAUCCCUGCAUUAUUCAGUAAUGGAUAGCUUUCUACAAGUACUAAGUGUGAAGGUUAUCAAACAAAAAUAUGGAUUUAGAGGCCGUUUCGCUUUCUGAUUUAUUUCAUCUAUGUUUAGGGAAAUUAAAUUUAUCUCCACAUGUUAUGUUCAGUUUGAGAAUGACUAUGAUCAAUAUUCUCAUGUCAAACAGUAUGAUCUUAAAAUGUUGGGGCAUUAUAUUUUGAUCAUGUAAUGCAAUAGUUUCCUCACAGUAAUACAUGCAUUUUUACAUUGUGUGAUACAUACAGAGACUGGAAUGCCUUCAAUGCACAUGCUGCCAUCGUACAUAAAUUAUAUUGUAAGUUAUGCCAAAUUGAAAAUAAAAUGUUAUAUAUAUGCGGUUUUGCAAAGAAAACAACUGUUAUUGAUUAUUA